AUGAAGGUCACCGCCGCUAUCACCAUCCUGGCCGUUGCUGCCAACACUGUCAUGGCUGUCCCCGUUGCCCCUCGUGAAGAGGCCGGCCUCUUUGAUGCCGUCAAUACCGGCGUUAAUGCCGCUUUUGAUUUAUUCGGGAACGGUGUCAACGCCGCCGCCGGCCUCGUUGGCCUGGCCUUUGACGGCGCGACCUGCACCUUCACCAGCUUGUUUAGUGUUCGACGACCUAAGUGCGGGGGACGCGCCGUCCUUGGCAACAACGGUGGAAUCAUUACUACCAAGGGCGACACCAAGGGCAACACCAACACCAACAUCAGCCACGAGAGCAACAACGACAGCUUCAGCUUCACCUACUCCACCGAGGAGGACGGUCGUCUCAAGGUCACCAUCACCCCCGAUGCCAAGGGCAAGUCCCAGUGCGUCACCAUUGUCAAGAAGGAGGGUGAGAUCAAGGAUAUCAUUGCCCGCGAGGCCAAGAAGUGCCUGUAG